UUUAAAUUUUUAGAUACUUCGACCAAAUGGUUCCUUUUGUGUUUUUGAUUCCAGUUUGCUUCAGUGAUAGGAUACGAUCUGCACAUGUAACCAUACACACAUAAUGUGUGUCAUAAGUCUUUUAUACAUAUUGUGACAACGUAACGCCAAGUCAAAAGACUUUUAAUGGCCGCAAUUAUGAUUAGUGGUUGCAUAACCAAGUGCUUUAAAAAAACAUCUUCAUACAUAUUUGUCGAAAAAAAUAUAACUGACAGACAAGUUAUUGCACUAGCAUUUGCAACUUACGUGUCUACCGAUAUUCAGAAUGCAGGCUACUCAUUGAGCGAUCGGUUUUUACUUAUUAGAUCGAUCCAACCAUUUCACCUGUACCAGCAACGGCUAAAGCUGAUGAUCGGACAUCAAUAACCGUAGAAAGAAUAAAACGACAACUAUAUAAAGAGAAUAAAAUUCCAAUCAAUAUUUCAUUAAAAGAACACCUGCGCAAUCUUUUUUUUGGGAUUCGAAGUUUAAACUCUCAAGACGAAUUCGUAUCUUGGAUAAAAAAAAUCCUUUUUUGUCAUGCCCUGAGCUACACAACAUUACUACCUGUAAGCUACCAACUACUAAAAAUGGGAUUUUCUUCGUUUAUUCUACUAAUUGUAUCAAUGGCAAUUGUGAGCUUCGGAAUUGAAGUGAAUGUCAUACAUGAAUGGAAAUACGCUGACUUUGAAUGGCGAAGUCAAGAGCAGAAGAAAGAAGCGUUAAUAUCCGGCUCUUACAAUCCAUUAAUGUGCUUAUUCGAAGAUGCAAGUAAAGCGGAUGAUGGUAGACUAUUCGUUACUGUUACUAAUGUAUACGGCCCUGGUUCACCUGCUACUUUAACGACAGUAACUAAUAAAAUAGGACCAGGAGGUCCAAUUUUACGGCCAUAUCCAGAUUGGAGUUGGUAUAAUAACAAUUGGCAUAAUAGCGAAUGUAUAUGUAAUGGUAUUGUAAAUGUUUACCGAACGAAUAUUCAAUGCAAUCACAUCAUCGUUCUGGAUAAUGGCAAAAUCGGGCAAUUCGACCAAGUCUGUAAUCCAAAACUGUUGAUCUUUGAUUUAAAAGAUGAUACGCUUGUUAAAACUAUUUAUCUUCCACUUGAUUUGGCUACUAACGAAACAGGUUCUGGAUUAUUGAUAACGCCUUUGAUUUAUGCUCCUGGAAAUUGCAAACACUUUCUAAAUAAAAUGAUUAUAUUUAUGACUGAUACGGAAGGUUCAGGUUUAGUGGUGUAUGAAUCAUCUACAAAGCGUAUGUGCAGAGUCGAAUCUGAUUACAUGAAACCGGUUGAUACUUUUUUCUCUGUAGCAAAGCAAAAUUUUACUCAUGAAGGCGGAAUUUUCAGUAUAACAGUCGUUGAUGAUGAAUUAUAUUAUGUUCCUAUAUCGGGAAAAGGAAUAUAUAAGAUAAAAAUAGAGACACUACUAAAAUGUCCGAACAAAGAAGAGGCUAAUGAACAAAGUAAACUAGUAACUAAAUUAUCAAGCCAAACAGCAGUUAUUACAUCAACAAAAAAGUCAAUAUUUUAUAGCAAUUACAAGGCAAUGUCAAUUCUAGGCAUGAACAUCUGUGGGAAAUCUAAUAACAUCGCGGUGGAAAUAGCGCAAGACGAUGAAAAAUUUCAAGUUAUAAGUUCGAUGAAAGUUUCAAAUUAUUGGAACAAAAUGAUAUGUAUGUCAAAUAGAUAUCAACAUUUUGCUCUGCAUACAUUAAAUCUAGGUGUUACAAACUUUCGUUAUUUUGAAAUAAAAUUACCAGAAAUAAGGAAACUUAUAGAUUAGCACUUCUACAUCUUGAUUUCGGAUAUCUUCUGAAUCUUCAAAUAAAAUGAAUAUUUUGCACUGAAAAAAGUGCUCAUAUAAGAAGUUAAGAACUCUUACAUAAACAUAAGUAAAGCAUAUCUUUAGUUGAGUAUAUAAGGCAGAAAACGGAAGGAAAUGAAAUGAAAGGAAGAAAAAAUGGAGAGUAGAACGCACUUUCCUAAUCCUUUUGGGAAGGACUCAUAAAUUAUGUCAUCAGUUAGGAAAUAAAAAUUCUUCAUUUGUAUCAGCUUGGCAAUAAAAGAUUUGUAUUAUUCUAAUAAACGCGACAUUCUAAUAAUCGCCACACCGAUACAACGACUUCGAUUCUUCAUCAAUCCAGUUUCGUAUGGUGUUUUUCUGAACCGAAAGAAGAAAAUUUCGAUUCACAUUAAAUA